AAUUUUAAACUCAAUAAUGCCUAAACAUGAGUUGGUUUUAUAUUUUUACUAAAUUUUUUACUCAAUUAGUAGUUUAGUUUAUUUUUAUUGUUUUAAAAUUUAGUUACUUAAUUUUUUUUAUCAAGAAAAUUUAAUGAUGGCUCCAACUAUUCAAAAUAAUACUACUCCCGAUAAAAGACCGCAGCGGCCUGCUGAAAGAAGAUCUGAUUUAGUAUGUAGAAUGAAGUAUUGCAAUACACUUCCAGAUAUUCCAUUUGACUUGAAAUUUCUAUCAUAUCCAUUUCAACCAACUAGAUUUAUACAAUAUAAUCCAACUUCUCUUGAACGGUCUUAUAAAUUUGAAAUUCUUGCUGAUCAUGAUUUGGGUCUCAAUAUUGAUCUCGUUAAUAAAGAUAAAUAUACAAUUGACUAUAACGCACAAAUGGAUCCUGCUGAUGAAAAACUAUUAGAGGAAGAUAUUCUUGCUCCACAAGAUUCUAAAAGAUCCAGGCAUCAUGCAAGAAGUGUUUCAUGGUUGCGACGUACAGAAUAUAUUUCUACUGAACAAACUCGCUUCCAACCACAAACUAUUGAAAAAGUUGAGGCUAAAGUUGGAUUCAGCAUUAAAAAGAAUUUCAAGGAAGAAACACUUUAUAUGGAUCGAGAUAGUCAAAUGAAAGCUAUUGAAAAAACAUUUGAAGACAAUAAAAAACCUAUUGAAAAACAUUAUAGCAAACCCAAUGUUCAUGCUAUUGAAACAUUGAGUGUUUUCCCAGAUUUCAAGAAUUGGAGAUAUCCAUGUGCUCAAGUAAUUUUUGAUUCUGAUCCAGCACCAAUGGGUCGGCCAGUACCAGCUCAAAUAGAAGAAAUGUCACAAGCUAUGAUUAGAGGUGUAAUGGAUGAAAGUGGUGAACAGUUUGUUGCCUACUUUUUACCAUCUGAAGGAACUAUAUUUAAGAGACGUGAAGAUGUUGUUGAAAAUCGCCCUUAUGAUGAUGACUAUGAAUAUGAAUACAAAAUGUCAAGAGAAUAUAACUGGAAUGUAAAAAGUAAAAGCAGUAAAGGUUAUGAAGAAAAUUAUUUCUUAAUUGUUCGUGAUGACGGAGUAUACUAUAAUGAAUUAGAAACUAGAGUUCGAUUAAGUAAGAGAAGACAAAAGGUUGGAGUACAAAGCAGUAGUACUAAUACAAGGUUGAUUGUAAGGCAUGUACCAAUUAAUGAACAAGAAUUUAGUGUUCAUAAAUUCAGAGAAAAACAAUUACAGCCCUAUGAUGAAGAAGAAGAAGAAAAAGCUGAAGAGGCUGCUAAAAAAGCUAUACUUGCUGCAAAAGAAAGUGCUAAAGAAAUUUCUAGUAAAAGUAAAAAUGAAAGUGAUGAUGACCAUUUGUUAAAAAAAGAGACCAAAAAAAACAAUGCAUCAGACAGCGAUUCUUCGGAUGGUAAUGAAGAUACUUUCAAAUCUAAAAACACUAAUAGAGAAAAUAAUGAUAGUGAUAGUGAUUCAAAACAUAAACGUUCUACUAAUAAUGAUUCAGACAGUAACGAUAGCGAUAAAGAUACAAGCAAAAAUACUCAAAGAUCAGGAAGUAAUGCCAAUACAGACAGUGAUUCCAGUAUCAAAAAAUCCAGUCGAAAAGUUUCUCGACAAACUUGCAGUAAAGAUAGUUCUGGAAGUGAUGAAAGUGAAAAAUCAGAAGAUGAGACACCAGUAAAAGCUAAAGAUACAUCAAUCAGUGGAGAUAGUGAGGAUGAACAUAAGAGGAAAAGAGUUUCAAGUGAAGCCAAAUCCGAUAACAGUGAAAAUAGUGAUGCUGAAGAGUUAGAAAGAAGCUCAGAACGUGCUGCUAGUGAAACUGGAGUUAAUACUGAUUCUUCUAUUACUGAUAAUAGUGAAGCAGAUAGUGCUAGAGGUUCUGAUAGUGAUUAAUAAAAUUGAAGAAAAUAUUUUUAAUAUGUUUACAAUGUAAAUUAAAAUUUCUCACUAAAAAUGUUUACAUAAAUAAUUUAUUUUAAUUCUCUUUUUUAAUGCAAAUAUCAUCCCAUUGUUGAAUUAUUCCAUCUGACUUGUUUAUUUUUGAAAAAUAAGCAUGAAAAAUAUAAUAUUUAUUAUGGCUCUAAAUAACAAAUCUAAUAUAUUUGUUAUAUUUAUUUUUCUUAUAUUAUAAUAGAUUCAAUAAAGUAUUUUGUCUUUUAAAAUUGUUUUUGACAUGUAAAGAUUC